AUGUGCUAUGUUUAUGUUUACUUCUUCAGAGGGCAGUAGUGCGCUGCAGCAUUUUACUUACUGGUAGAAAGCCCUUAUGACCUCUCUUUUCUCAGGUUUCUGUCUAAUAAAAGUAGGGGGGGUUAUUUCAUCACUGUUUAUCUUUAUCACGAAGAACGAAAUACCACGAAAUACUAAAGAGCACUAAGAGGAAUACUUAAUGUCGAUUUUAAGGACCAAUUUGUGGUUAAAUUAAUGAAAAUUUAAUGAGAUUUUAAUAAUCUUUUAUAAAACAUAAUUUCAAAUAAAGCACGUAUAAAUUACAAAACAUUUGAGAAAGAUGGUGAAUGAUUUAAAACUGGAGUGCUCCUUUUCCUCUUGGUAUCCAACAUUCAAGAAAGAUUCCUUAAAGGCUACAACUCUUCACAUUCCGGACGCGGUUUUAAAAUAUUUGGAGCACGAUACGUUUGUAUUGCCUCUCGAGGCAGCGAAAUCUUUACCGGAGGAUUCCGAAUGGACUGACGGCUCACCAGUGACAUGUGAACAAGAGGAAACGGAUUAUCAACCGACAUUUCCUGAAUUUAGUCAACAAAUACAAGAAGUGUUAGAUGAAUAUGAUGCAGUAUUUAUCAAAACAAAUUGGAGUACACCGGCGGAUGCUAUGUGGGUUGCACCUACAAAGACUCUCAAAUGUAACACGCUAGAAGAGAUCUAUUUGUUACUGAAAAGCUCUGACAGGAUUGCUAAAGAUCUGAACAUCAUAAAAUCUUCAAGGGACUGCCCUUUGCCAUUUUGUCUGGUGUUGAAACAAUGGCAAGAUAUCAAUCCUUGCACAGAAUUUCGCUGCUUUGUCAUAGACAAUGAGCUCAUCGCUAUAAGUCAGAGGGAUAUAUCACAGUACCACGUUUCCAAUGAAUUACAAAAAUAUGAUAUACAAACAGACAUCAAGAGUCUGUUUUUAGAGCGCAUCAAAGGCAGAUUUCCAUUGAGUAACUAUUCCUUCGAUGUUAUACGAUAUAAGAAAGAUAAAGUAAAAAUAAUAGAUUUUGGUGCAAUGGAUGCAGCGUCUACGAAAGAGACGCUUUUUACGUACGAGGAAUUACAAAAUCAUAUUGAAAACACUCCAGAAUUCCGUUUUAUUGGAGAGGAAAUAGGUAUUCAGCCAAAGCCUCUGAUGCAAUUUUGUAUUCCACAAGAGAUCAGCGAGUUUUUCCAAUCGAGAGAUGUUACGUUACUGGAUCUUAUUCAAAGGGAAGUGGAAAGUCAACGGAAAGAGCAUGAAAAAGAAAAUGCUAACGUUUCAGAAAGUACUUGAUGUAUAUAUAACGUAUAAAUAAAUAUUUUCCUUAUAUAUAAACAUCAGCUGUAACUCUUUUACUCACAUGUAUAAGGGAUACAAAACUUAAGAGAGGUAUUAUAAAUUAUUGUUACAUUUUAUCUUUCUCAAAGAAGGCUAAUAUCUAAUAGUAAGUACACGCGC